AUGCCCCGAGAGACCCGUCGGCAGAUCAUUGUAUCUGGUGGUAGCGAAGGUGAGACCAGACAAUGGAUGUCGUGGUGUCAGGAGGCGGCAGAUAGGGCUACUGUCCCUACCACUCCUUUGGAAACUUCCCCUAAGCAUUCUAGUGUUGAACCCACUCCUAGUAAGGUCGAGGAGGCACGACGUGAGGUUGAGCCCAGUGGGGUAGAGCCGGUGGAUAAAAAGGCGGCUGAGCACACGGGUGGGGGUCUACUGUCUGAAGAUUAUACGCGGUACUUGCCUAAGGAGCCUGCUAAGGGGAUAGAGGGGCUUCUGAGGUUCGUUCGGUGUGGAUAUCAGGGCAACGACAUGUCGACAGAUAAAGGCCUGAGACUGUGGAGAGAAGUUAAGAGGGGCGCAGAGGAUGCCAAUUUAACAGUUUUUCUAUCAAAAGUUUGGUCGGAAGCUAUCCUUGUGGACUUCUACUCCAUCCCUUUAUCCAUUGCUCUAGCUAUCCUUACGAGCCUUCUCUUUGUCCUAUCGAUCACAGGAGCCUUCAUGACGCCCCUAGCCGUCCUCACCCUUGCCAUGUGGGUCAUGGCUGUGAUGGAGCUCCUACCUAUAGUGAUUGCAGUGCAACAAGGCACCUGUAGCGGUGUAGUAGUGGGAGAGGUUACCCUCCCUACUGCCAGUAGUGGCCUUAUUGAGGCUGCCUUAUUGGACAUCUCUGAGUGGCACAAGUGGACUCCUGCACUCAACGGGGGAGCGGCCUCGAGACUGUCCAGUACAGGGCUAGUGCAGUAUCGAGGGAAGGAUAGGGUAGAGCAUAUCAUCCGACCGAGGUCCGAGGGGGUCCUGCCGUCGUUGAUGAUUAUGCAUCACGAACAAGAGCACUGUGAGAGGUAUACCUGUUGGGCUGUCUACCCCCAGGCCUCAUCCUCCUCUCUGUCGGUUAUAAUGCACACACGUGGUGGCCCCGGCAAGGCUAGAGGGAGUCUAACCUUUGUGAGGGACUUCCUCAGUGCCCUACAGCUCAUCACAGUGGUAUGUCCUCGCCCUUGUCCCUCUAUACCGGAUCUGGGUAUGCCUCGUGGAGGCAGCGUCCACGCUAUUAGACGCUCUCCUGGAGGCUGGGUAGAGCUGCCCUUGCCCUACGGGGUAGCUGGUAUCGAUUCGGCAUUGAAGACGGCGCUGCUACACAACUCUGAGGAGGCAGUGGUGGGAAGGGCAGGAGGGCCAUCGGAGGGAGAGGAUAAAGCAAUGCCGACCCUCUUGGCGUUGUCGUAUAUGUUCGUUCAAUCGAGUGUCUACAUGCCGAGGGCGAGCACUGCUAUUGUGAAUCAUGAUUCGACGCGAGCGUUACAACUGGUCGCUGCUUCUAUCGUGGGUAGUCUCCAACGUCUCCUAUGUGCCCUUCAAAGUAGCGAUGCCUUCCUGGCGACGGCCACUGCGUCCUCUAAAGCUGUGAUAAUAGCCGGGGACACGUGUCAAUGCAAGGCGGUGAUCCCGAGGCGGGGAGGGAGGGGAGGUCAGGCUGCUGAGAUAUGCUGGGAAGCUGUCAGCUCUAACCAUGCACAUUACUUGGUCACCGAGGAAAAGGGUGGUGGACAGUGGACUCAGAGAGGGACCAUGCAGUGA